AUGGAGCUAACACCAGUUGAAAGAAAUGUCCACUCAAUCAUAGGGGAGGAGGAUGAGGAAGUUCAGCUGCAGUGGGCUGCAAUUGAGAGACUGCCUACAUUAAAACGCCUCAGAACCUCACUUUUUGAUGUUGGUGGUGGUGGGAAUGGAAGCGGUGGAAAAGACUCGAAAGACUAUGCAGGGAAGAGGGUGGUUGAUGUUACUAAGUUAGGAGCACAUGAGAGGCAUCUGUUCAUUGAAAAACUCAUAAGCCACAUAGAGAAUGAUAAUCUGAAACUUCUACAGAAACUGCGAGAAAGAAUAGACCGAGUGAAUGUGAAACUGCCGACAGUGGAGGUGAGGUACAAGAACUUGUUUGUGGAAGCAGAGUGUGAGGUAGUCCAAGGAAAGCCGCUUCCGACGCUAUGGAACUCUCUUCUAAGCUUGUUAUCAGUUUUUACAAAGGCAAUUUGGUUCAAAUCUGUAGAAGCCAAGAUAAGCAUUCUAACAGAUGCUUACUCUCCUUCUUGGUCCCCCAGGCUGUGGGAAAACCACCUUGUUACAAGCUCUUGCGGGAAAACAAGACAAAUCUCUCAAGGGGAGGGGAUUUCUUAUAAUGGUCACAAGCUAGAUGAGUUUGUCCCCCAGAAAACGUCAGCUUACAUAAGCGAAUACGACCUUCACAUACCUGAGUUGACCGUGAGGGAAACAAUCGACUUUUCUGCCCGCUGUCAGGGUGUUCGGAGUAGAGCUGGUGCAUUCCUUAUGCCCUUCUGCGUUUAUUGUCAUCUGGUUAAUCGUGUAAUUCUCGUGACAUAUGAAGAUCAAUUUCGUUUUGGCUAUGCAGAUAUAAUGAUGGAGGUCAGCAGAAGAGAAAAAGAAGCGGGAAUAGUCCCUGAUCCAGAUAUUGACACCUACAUGAAGGCAAUAUCAGUUCAAGGACAAAAGAGAAAUCUCCAAACCGAUUACAUUUUGAAGAUCCUCGGACUGGAUACCUGUAGUGACACAAUGGUUGGUGAUGCAUUAAGUAGAGGCAUUUCAGGUGGCCAGAAGAAGAGGCUGACAACAGGAGAGAUGAUUGUAGGUCCCACAAAAGCUCUAUUUAUGGAUGAAAUAUCGACGGGAUUAGACAGCUCUACAACAUUUCAGAUAGUUACCUAUCUCCAGCAGUUGGUGCACAUCACAGAUGCAACUGCAUUGGUAUCACUUCUUCAACCAGCACCUGAGACCUUUGAUCUGUUUGAUGAUGUAAUAUUAAUGGGAGAGGGGAAGGUAGUUUACCAUGGUCCUCGCAGCCACGCACUUCAGUUUUUUGAAGAUUGCGGUUUCAAGUGCCCAUCAAGAAAGGGUGCUGCAGAUUUCCUUCAGGAGGUAAUCUCAAAGAAGGAUCAAGCACAAUACUGGAAGCAUGAUAACAUUCCCUACUAUCAUGUUUCAGUGGAUCAGUUAUCACAACUUUUCAGAGCAAGUUACUUAGGAAAUAAGUUAGACGAUGAGCUCUCAAAACCAUAUGAUAAAUCGCAGUCCCAUGACAAUGCCUUAUCAUUUACCACUUACUCUGUGAGCAAAUGGGAGUUGUUCAAAGCUUGCAUGGCCAGGGAGCUGCUUCUUAUGAAACGAAAUUCCUUUGUUUAUGUAUUCAAAACAGUGCAGCUUAUCAUCAUUGCAUUUAUUACAAUGACAGUAUUUAUAAGGACUCAGAUGGCUGUGAAUUUGACAAGCGCAAAUUUUUUGUUGGGCGCAUUGUUUUAUACACUCGUUCGACAUAUGACAAAUGGCGUUGCAGAGCUGUCCUUGACUGUUACUAGACUUCCAGUAGUUUACAAGCAAAGAGGAUUCUAUUUGUACCCAGCAUGGGCGUAUUCUAUUCCGGCCUCUAUGCUGAAGGUUCCAUUUUCAUUCAUGGAUUCAGUGCUUUGGACUGCCACAACUUACUAUGUUAUUGGGUAUAGCCCAGAAAUAAAAAGGUUCUUCUGCCAGUUCCUUGUGCUAUUUGCUCUGCAUCAAGCAUCAACAUCCAUGUGUCGUUUGGUUGCUGUAAUUUUCCGAACUAUGGUUGCUGCAACAACUUGUGGUACUUUUAUCUUAGUGGUAAUGUUUUUAUGUGGAGGCUUCAUUUUGCCACAACCCUCUCUACCUCCGUGGUUGAGGUGGGUAUUCUGGUGUUCUCCUAUGACUUAUGGGGAAAUAGGUACAGCUCUAAAUGAAUUCCUUGCUCCUCGCUGGCAAAAGGUUUCAAAGGGAAACACAACCUUAGGGAAUGAAGUUCUAACCAGUCAUGGUCUGAACUUUGAUGGCUCUUUCUAUUGGAUAUCGGUAGGAGCAUUAUUCAGCUUCACAGUACUCUUCGAUCUUGGAUUUGCUUUAGCCUUAACUUACUUAAAUCCUCCAAAGAUGUCUCGGGCUAUUAUUUCGGAAAAGAGGUUAUCUCAACUACAAGGGAAAGAUGCUUGCAACAACAGUGCUCAGUCAGAGAAUGUAUCAACUCCAGCUGAUCUUUACCAAAAUGUGGGAGAAAAGUUAAAAUUUGGGAAGAUGGCCCUGGCUCUGCCAUUUGAACCACUGACAAUGUCAUUUAAGGAUGUGCAGUAUUAUGUUGAUACCCCUCCGGAAAUGAGAGAGCAUGGUUUCAAGCAGAAAAAGCUUCAGUUGCUUAAAGAUAUUACAGGAGCAUUCAGACCUGGAAUUCUUACAGCAUUGAUGGGUGUCAGUGGAGCUGGGAAAACAACUCUCAUGGAUGUUCUUUCUGGAAGGAAAACAGGAGGUACUAUUGAAGGAGAUAUAAGAAUAGGAGGGCACCCCAAGGUCCAGAAGACAUUUGCAAGAAUAUCAGGUUACUGUGAGCAGACUGAUAUACAUUCUCCACAUAUCACAGUAGGAGAAUCAGUUAUGUACUCAGCUUGGUUGCGGUUGCCACCUGACACUGAUCCAGACACAAAAUCUAGAUUUGUGGAAGAAGUCAUUGAAACGAUUGAACUGGAGGAUAUAAAAGAUUCUUUAGUUGGGAUUCCUGGACAAAGUGGCCUAUCCACUGAGCAGCGUAAAAGGCUAACAAUUGCAGUGGAGCUUGUUUCCAAUCCAUCCAUAAUAUUUAUGGAUGAACCUACAUCAGGUUUAGACGCCAGAGCAGCUGCAAUUGUCAUGCGCGCAGUGAAGAACGUCGUUGACACAGGAAGGACAACUGUUUGCACGAUUCACCAACCAAGCAUUGAUAUCUUUGAGUCUUUUGAUGAGUUAAUUUUGAUGAAAACGGGAGGACAGAUCAUCUAUUCUGGAAUAUUAGGACAUCAAUCGAGUAAACUAAUCGAAUAUUUCGAGGGCAUUCCUGGUGUACCAAAAAUCAAAGAUAAUUACAAUCCAGCAACAUGGAUGUUAGAAGUUACUUCUGCUUCGGUAGAGGAAGAACUUGGUUUAGAUUUUGCCAGCAUUUAUAGAGAGUCUACUCAGUAUAGGGACACAAUUGAGCUGGUAAGACAGUUAAGCGUGCCAAAGCCGGGUUCAAAGGACUUGUAUUUUCCCACUCAUUUUCCUCAAAAUAGCUGGGUGCAGUUUAAGGCAUGCCUUUGGAAACAACACUUGUCCUACUGGAGAAGUCCUGAAUACAAUCUAGCACGUUUCAUGUUUAUGAUUGGUGCAUCAGUGUUGUUUGGGAUAAUCUUUUGGCAGAAAGGGAAGGAAAUAAAUAAUGAGCAGGAUUUGUUGAACAUACUUGGGUCCAUGUACAUUGCCGUAAUAUUCUUGGGCGUAACCAAUUGCAACUUAGUUCUGCCUUAUGUGGAAACUGAGCGCACUGUUUUGUACCGGGAACGAUUUGCUGGGAUGUACUCAUCAAAGGCUUAUUCGUUUGCGCAGGUGGCCGUGGAAAUGCCAUACACAUUGUUGCAAGCAAUUCUGUUUGUGAUUAUAACAUACCCUACAAUAGGGUAUUAUUGGUCAGCUACUAAGGUUUUUUGGUACUUUUAUGCAACAUUCUGGACAUUUCUGUACUUUGUGUAUCUUGGGAUGCUGAUUGCUUCUUUGAGCACAAACCUGGAUGUUGCUUCCAUUUUGGCAACUGCAGUCUACACCAUAUUGAAUCUUUUCUCGGGCUUCCUCAUGCCGGGACCGAAAAUUCCUAAGUGGUGGGUUUGGUGCUAUUGGAUAUGUCCUACAUCAUGGUCCCUAAAUGGCCUCCUGACCUCACAAUAUGGAGACAUGAACAAAGAGAUCUUGAUUUUUGGGGAGCAUAAAACAGUUGGUUCCUUCCUACAAGAUUACUAUGGUUUCCAUCAUGAUGGUUUAGCCCUUGUGGCUAUUGUUCUCAUUGCUUUCCCAGUUGCUUAUGCGUCUCUAUUUGCCUAUUGCAUUGGGAAAUUAAAUUUUCAAAGAAGGUAG